UUCCAGACCUUUGGUUUGUUCUUGUUCAUGAUGAGAGAGACAAUCAUUGGUCGCCAACCUUUAAUUUCUCCUUAAUCUUAAGAACAAAUUUCAAGAACCCACGAACCUAAAAGAUUGCAUUUUGAUUCAAAUCGUUGAUUUCAUUAGUUUUUGUUUUUAUCCUCGGCGGCGAUUCCGGUCGCCAUGGGAGACAUUGUGAAGCAAAUCCUGGCCAAACCUAUUCAAUUAGCCGACCAGGUUGUUAAAGCUGCCGAUGAUGUUAAUAAUUUCAAACAAGAUUGUUUUGAGCUUAAGGUGAAAACAGAGAAACUCGUCGGUCUUCUCCGGCAAGCUGCACGCGCCGGUAAUGAUCUGUACGAACGUCCGACACGACGAAUCAUUGAAGAUACUGAACAAGUUCUUGAUAAGGCUUUGAUUCUCAUCUUCAAAUGUCGUGCAAAUGGAUUCAAACGUGUGUUUACCAUCAUCCCUAAUACUGCAUUUCGGAAACUCUCACAACAACUUGAGAAUUCAAUUGGAGAUGUUUCUUGGCUUCUACGGGUUUCUUCUCCGGUUGAUGAUCGAGAUGAUGAUGAUUACCUUGGUGGGUUACCUCCUAUUGCAUCGAAUGAACCAAUCCUUUGUUUGAUUUGGGAACAAAUUGCGGUUCUUGCUUCUGGUUCGAUUGAGGAGAGAACUGACGCUGCUGCGUCCUUGGUUUCAUUGGCUCGGGAUAAUGAUCGUUAUGGGAAGCUGAUUAUUGAGGAAGGUGGUGUGGUUCCUUUGUUGAAGUUGGCUAAGGAAGGGAGAAUGGAAGGUCAAGAGAAUGCUGCUAGAGCGAUUGGUCUUUUAGGUCGUGACCCGGAAAGUGUUGAACAGAUUGUGAACGCCGGUGUUUGUUCUGUUUUUGCUAAGAUACUAAAAGAUGGACCGAUGAAGGUUCAACUUGUGGUGGCUUGGGCUGUGUCGGAAUUAGCUGCGAAUCAUCCGAAAUGUCAAGAUCAUUUCGCUCAAAAUAAUACAAUCCGACUUCUUGUUAGCCAUCUCGCGUUUGAAACGAUUCAAGAACAUAGCAAAUACACAAUCCCUACUAAACAAUCAAUGUCGAUACACGGGGUUGUUUUUGGUAACGCUAGUCCUUCAUCUUCUGCCGACAUAGGCGCACAUUCCUCAGGCCGCCACCAUGAUGAUAUUGAAGAAAGACAACUCACAAGCCAAGUCGCCCGUCCAAUGACCGGCGAAAAUCCAACCCAGGGUCAGGUUCAUAAUUUGAUUACAAACACCAUCGCCCAGAAAGCCAAAGCAGGUUCAGGAACAACAAUCCCUCAACCAGGUCAAACCCAAAUCCCUCAACCGGGUACUAUCAACCCUAACAUCAUCAACAGCAGCAGCAGUAAGCACCACCACAACAAAGGCGGAGUUGGUUCAACCCACCAACACCAUCAGAACAGCCACCGUGUUAACCUUGCCGGGACAAGCAUAAAAGGAAGAGAAGCUGAAGAUCCAGAAACGAAAGCAGAGAUGAAAGCCAUGGCUGCACGGGCACUCUGGCAUCUAUGUUCAGGAAAUGUACCCAUUUGCAAGAACAUAACCGAGUCCCGAGCCUUACUCUGUUUUGCAGUCCUCCUCGAGAAAGGACCCGAGGAGGUUAAAUACAACUCCGCCAUGGCACUGAUGGAAAUCACUGCCACGGCGGAGGAGAACUCUGAUUUAAGGAGAUCUGCUUUCAAACCAACAUCACCAGCUUGUAAAGCCGUGGUUGAUCAAAUGCUGAUCAUAAUCAAAACAUCCGACUCAGACCUUCUAAUCCCCUGCGUGCGAUCAGUUGGGAACCUGGCAAGGACAUUCAGGGCGACUGAGACUAGAUUCAUAGCUCCAAUAGUGGACCUUUUAGAAGAUAGGGAACCGGAGAUCGAGAGAGAAGCGGUAAUCGCUCUAGCUAAAUUCGCUGAAACGGAUAACUUCCUACAUAUAAACCAUUCAAAGGCAAUUCUAGAAGCCGGGGCAGCAAAACAUUUGGUUCAAUUGGGGUAUUUUGGAGAAAACAUGGUUCAGGUUCCAGCAUUGGUUCUAUUGGGAUACGUUGCGCUACAUGUCCCCGAUCACGAUUCGUUAGUGAAGGCGGAGGCGCUCGGAUUGAUCGAAUGGGCAAGGAAGAACGCGAUUUGGCAGCAAGAAUAUUUUCUUCAAUCCUUGCUUGAAGAUGCAACAGGAAAGCUUGAGCUAUAUCUGCCCAGGAAACAUUAGAUUUUUUUUUUCUUGUUAAGAAAUUGUAUUAUAUUUCUGUUACAAUAUGUAAUUUGUUCCAAUUGGAGAAUUUAAAUUAAACUAAAAUUUGUUGGAUUUAGUAGUCAUUUUGUAAGUUUAAUUGAGUGUUGUAUAUAUAUUUCAAGCUUAUAUUUCUGCA